UGUUUUUAUUUCAGAUUUCCAGCAUCUGCAGUAUUUUGCCUUUCGUUGAUUAUGAAAAAUGACCAGUCUGAUGAGGUAUUAAAAGGUAGUUGACUCUUGUGGACCACAUCCUAGUACGAGUCGAUGUCUUCAACAGGAGGACCAACAAGACAGUAUGGCUGCUACCGCCGCUGUUAGUCCCAGUGAGUACCUCCAGCCAGCAGCCGCUACCGUGACUGAGGAUACACAGCCAUCGCCACUUGCUCUCCUCGCUGCCACCUGCAGUAAGAUUGGACCACCAGCCGCAGAAGUCGGGGUCUCUCCGUCACCCGUUGCGGUGCAGGUGGUGGCCAAAAAGCUACCACUGUUGAAGCCCGCACCAGCGCCCAACGGACAGAGUGGCAGCAACAUUAGCUUUAUAUCCGCCAACGGAAAGGUUUUUCAGAUCCAGGGGUCUCAGAUCAGCACUCCCACCAUUACCUCUCCUGGUACGGGACAGUUAGUUUUUGCCAUUCAGAAUCAGCCAGUCGUCCAAAAAGCUUCCCGGCCGACAGGGAACGUUCAAUAUCAGGUGAUUCCCCAGGUUCAGACCAUCGGUGGACAAUCUGUUCAGAUUGCCAACAUCCAGCAGAAUAUGACGAGUCAGAUCCAGAUCAUUCCAGGGACCAACCAAGCCAUCAUAACCACAGUCCCUGUGACCAACACCCAGAAAAUCUGUCCCCAGUCAAUGCAAAUCAAACCGGCCGUGUCCCUCCCCGUCCAGGUGCAGAAGAUGAACGUAGGGGGCACAGCUUUGCAAACCCCAGGCAAUGUCAUUAAGUUGCAGGGUGGUGGAAAUGUGGCUUUGUCAUUGCCCGUCAGUAACUUGAUGGGUGCUGGUGAUGGAACGACAAUCCAUCUGACCGGAGACACAAUAUGUGCAGCUCCCUCAAAGGUAGGCAAACGAUCCCGAAGGAAAUCAGCAAAUACACAGGCGGUAGCAGAGACGGUGACCUUGGUGGAGAGCUCCGCGGGCAAUGCCAUCCAAGCAGGAUCCAACAUGCUCUUUGUCCAGAGCCCAGGCUCCAAUGUUCUGCAACAAGUACAGGUGUUGAAGCAGGAGCAGGGGAUGCAGACCAUUCCUCAGCAGGCCAUCCGCGUGGUCCAGGCAGCCUCCAUGAGUGGUCACACCCUUCCCACCGUCCCUCAGAAAUCCCCUCAGAACUUCCAGGUUCAGACGAGCGAGCAGCCAUCCACUCCGGUGAUCAUCAGAGCCCAGUCGGUGACCCCUUCAGGGCAGGUCAACUGGCAGACCCUGCAGGUGAAGAACACCUCAGCAAUUCAGCAAGCUACCACCACCACCACCACCACCUCGGGGGGCAGCUCUUUACCACGGAUCGCACCAGCCGGAGGAGGGAAGAGAUCCACCACGGGGUCUAUGAUCCGCAAAGGGAAUGCACUGCCCAGGAUUGCGCCAGCUGGCGGCUCUAUCAGCCUGAACAAUGCACAGUUUGCUGCAGGCCAGACCAUCCAGACCAUCAGCAUCAAUGGAGUCCAGGUACCAGGAGUUCCCGUGACAGUCACCAAUGCAGGAGGACAACAACAGUUGAACAUGCAAACGGGCGUUAUGUCUCCGGUGUCUGCUAACAACAUUACCAUCAGUGGGUUGAGUCCAGGCCAGAUCAGCCAAUUGCAGAUGGAGCAAACCCUGCCCUCUGAUGAGAUCCAAGGGCAGCAGAAUAAGAAGAUGAAGCGAAUGGCGUGCACGUGUCCAAAUUGCAAAGAUGGCGAGAAAAGGAGUGGAGAGCCCGGGAAGAAGAAGCACAUUUGCCACAUUCCAGGUUGCGAGAAGGUAUUUCGGAAAACAUCCUUGUUAAGAGCGCACGUUCGCUUACACACGGGAGAGCGUCCGUUCGCCUGCAACUGGUUGUUUUGUGGGAAGAGGUUCACUCGCAGCGAUGAGCUACAGCGGCAUGCCAGAACUCACACAGGUGACAAGCGCUUUGAGUGUGGACAGUGUCACAAGCGUUUCAUGAGGAGUGACCACCUGACCAAACACUACAAAACACACUUGAACACAAAGUACUUGGUAUAAGACUCCGGUGUGGGGGACCGUCCGGCUCCGGCACGGCCCAAAAUGGAAAUCGAACAAUGUUUUGUGUUGUUUUUUUUAAAAAAAAGUUUUCGCAGUAUAGCGG